CUUCCCUCAUGUGUCUUCUUAUUAUUGAUUACACCAAACUACCGCCUCACCCUCCCCCUUCAAGCGUGUAGGAGAAACUACAGUGUUGAACAGUGGAGCACAAAAUGUGUAUUUAUGUCAAACGAUUUCCUGUGAAAACAAACAAACCUUCCAGGGGUCAAAGUAGUUUCCAACAGAAUUCGAUAAGCGCCUCUUUGUCUUGUGUCCUAAUCAAGUGUGUCCUGUCUGUUCCUGUGAGCCUCAUGUGUUUCUGAUGUUUAUCUGGUCAUCAUUAGAGGGUAACACCUCCAGAGCUCUGCUGCUGCUGUUAACCACAUUCUCAUCUAAACACUUCCCCUUCAGUUCAAAGAUAGAAUAAGGAACCAGCAGGUCUCAGACCAGUAAAAUAUCAUCUUAUCCGUGUUCUUUCCCUGCUGCUACAGUAUCGCCAUGAUGCACCUGGACAUCAGGAGUCAAAUUCUGGUGGGAGAGGAGUUUGACUCUUCACCUGUCUGUGCAUGUGUGCUGUCAAACAUCAUGAAUCCUGUCUGAUUUUUAAUAAACACUAUCUGAAGAAAACAACUUGCAUUAUUACAAACAUUUAUCUUAACUAACAAUCUUCACACCUUCGACUUCCUCUUCUUCUUCUCUUCAGGAGGUGAAACAUGUCAUUGCCACAAAUGCGCCGCGGGACUGGACACAGUAUGAAUGUGAGACUCAGUAUGAGUCUUGAUAUAGUUACAUAUUACAGAAACAUAUUCCUUUCCUAUGAGAGAAAAAUACACUUAACUUUUAGACAGAAAUCUAAAACAGUCUAAAAGUCACUAUGAGGAAGUGACAUCAUACUAACCACAGGAAGUAGAUGCAGCAUCUCUCUUCUAAAGAACUACUUUAGAGACUCAGACAGUUGUGAGCACGAGAACAAGAGACAGAAGAAGGAGAGAGACAGAGAAUCACGAUGGCUGAGUUCAAAUGGAUAAAAAUGUCUUUAUUUCUUAUAGCGGUGCUUCAGUUUACAGCAGCUGAAAGACUUCCCCUCUCCUUCACUGUCAGAGUUGGAGAUGAAGUCACUUUGCCUUGUGAAAAUGUGAUAGACGGUCAGCAAAAAUGUAACAGUACUACAUGGCUCUUUGUUGGUUCAGGAUACACAGCAGUAGUAGAGCUGGUUAGACUUGGGCAGAUUGGUGAAAACGCCAAAGCUAAAUCAGACAGACUGAGUGUUACAGCGAGCUGUUCUCUGGUUAUAAAGAAGGUCACAGUCGAGGAUGUUGGUUACUACACCUGCAGACAGUUCAGAUCAGGACAACAUCAAGAUGCUCAUGUUCAUCUUUUUCUUAUUACCAUGACUGAACAUAAGGACCCUGAUAAGGUGACGCUCACCUGCUCUGUGUUGACAUCUGGACAGUGUGGACACACAGUGAAGUGGCUGUAUGAGGGUAAAGAUGUGGCUGAAGGUAACAAAGACAUGGAGACAUCACAGACUGACUGCUACGCCUCUGUGUCUUUCCUGGAUUCUCAUUUUAUUUACACAUCGAGGUCUAAAUUGAAGUGUGAGGUGACGGAUACUUACUCUGGAAAAGUGCAGCAGUUUCCCUUCAGCUCUCAGUCUGCAGGUGAGAAACCAGGUGACAAACAAACAGCAACAACUAAAUCAUCAAGAACAAUUGAAUACGGCACAAAAUCAGUUACAACCACAACAGCAAUCAAUGAUACUUCAACAAAACUACAAGACUGGUGGAGGUUCAGCAUUGUGUCUGCGGGUUUAGCAGCUCUCAUAAUAAUCGUUGUGGCCGUCAACAUGUGGACAAGAACUAAAGGGAAAAAAACACAGAUGGAUGAAAACACAGAGGUGAAUCACGUCAUUGCCACAAAUGCACCGCGGGACUGGACACAGUGUGAACGUGAGACUCAGUAUGAGUCUUAAUAUAGUUUGCUUGUUACAGCGUUAGAUUGGCUCAGUGGAUGCAGAA